UGUAGGAAAAGGUACAAAUAUUGCAAUGCACUACAGCAGACAGAGAGAUUGCUGAAGAAGGAGCUUUUGGAUAAUGUGCGUGAAACAGCGUCGCUAAUUAGACGGACUGUACAUGUUCAGGGGCUUGUCUAUAUGGUUUUAAGUCUAAAUCUCUUAUUGGAAAUUUACUGCUUUCUGGGAAACCUCUCUGGAUGGCAGGCAAGGUUGUGAGACGUAGUGCAAAUCUACUGCUGCAGUGCGAGUGGGGCAGUUGCACUUAUGUGUCCUCAAAUAUGGAAGAUUUCUGCUCGCAUGUGUGUGACCACCUCCGAUUGCACCAGCAGGGAGCAGGAGAAGUGAAUAUGGACUGUGAUGAUGAGUUCUGCUGUUUGUGGCAAGGCUGUGGAUUUUUCACACCAGAUAACUCAGUGGAACUUGCGCGACAUGUUUAUUUUCACUGCUACCACACCAAGCUGAAGCAGCUUGGGAUCAUGGCCCUACAAAGCCAAUCUGAUCUCAGUCCUUGCCAGCUGGAUACGCAAAGCCGCAAUAUGAUUCCUGAACUGCAGGAAAGCUUCAUGUGUAUGUGGGACCAGUGUGAGAGCUCAUUUGACAACGCAGAGUGGUUUUACAGACACGUGGACUUGCACGGUUUGAGUGCUGAAUAUGAGGUGGCUGGGAAGGAGAACAGGGUGCUGCUCUGUGGCUGGAAAGAUUGUGACUGUUCCAGUAAAAGCCGGAGCAAGCUACGGGAGCACCUGCGAAGUCACACACAGGAGAAGGUUGUGUCUUGUCCCAACUGUGGAGGGAUGUUUGCCAACAAUACCAAGUUCUAUGACCACCUCAGGCGUCAGACAUCGUUAGACCAACAUCGUUUUCAAUGCUCUCAUUGCUCAAAAAGAUUUGCAACAGAACGUCUGCUGAGGGACCACAUGCGCAACCAUGUUAAUCACUACAAGUGCCCACUUUGUGACAUGACUUGUCCGCUGCCCUCUACAUUGCGCACUCAUAUCCGCUUCCGUCACAGUGAUGUGCGGCCAUACAAAUGUCAGAACUGCGACUACAGCUGUAAGAAUUUAAUUGAUCUGAGGAAGCACAUGGACACUCACAGUAAGAUACCAGCGUAUUGCUGUAACUAUGAAGACUGCAGCUUCAGUGCCCGCUCUUUGUGCUCGGUCAAAGCCCAUUAUAGGAAGGUGCACGAGGGAGAUUCAGAACCCAGGUACAAAUGUCACGUUUGUGAGAAAUGCUUCACUCGUGGCAACAACUUGACUGUACAUCUGCGCAAAAAACACCAGUUCAAAUGGCCAUCAGGACAUCCACGCUUCAGGUACAAGGAGCAUGAUGAUGGUUUCCUACGGUUGCAGCUGGUGCGGUAUGAAAGUGUGGAACUGACUGAGCAACUGAUGAAGGAGCGUGAAAAGCAAGGAACCCCACUGGAUGCAGCUUCUACCUGCCUCAUGCUGGGUCCUGGGCCUGAAGCAGGAGUGUAUGAUAGGACUGUGGCAGACAGAGACACUGAGUCUUCAGACUAAAGAGAUGUCAUUGAAUGUACACAAGAACAGACUUCCUGAGAGCAGUAGAUGGAGCUGGGAGAGAGUUGCUUGCUGUGAACAACACUGUAAAAUGAUGGAGAGGACUAUACAGUAAUCUCCUUUCUGGAUUUUCAGUGUGCGCCCAGGAAUCUGAAUAUUCCAAGACAUAAGGAACUCUUCACGCAAUGAGAUGACUUUUAGCAUCUUCUUCAAUAUUGUCUCAUUCACUAAUAAUGCUAUUGUCAUUGCGAGGACAGUUUAAGAAUGAAACAUGACUCUCUUUGGAUAGACAGAUUUGAUCAUCUUUCUUUAAAAGACUUUUUUCUUCACCCUGUGAGAUAAGACCAUCACCUCUUUAACCAAGAUCUAAAUGCUUUUACCCUUUUCAGUUUAGUUGUUCCUUGAGACAUCCCAUCCAUUGCCCCUUCCUCAUAUUUAAUGAUAUUUAUUUUCAGGUCUUCCACCAGUCAGCUAAAACUUCCUUCUGUUAUGAGGUCCUUGAGAUGUAUUUUUUUAAAUUAUAUAUUUUUUUUUUUAUUGAAUUUGUGUUUUUUGUUUUUUAUUUAUUUUUUGUAUGUAUAUAUUUUACCACCUGUCCAAUCUUUAACCAAGGACUUCCUAAUAUCUGUACUUUCAGAAUGUAGGCCAAAACCAAAGCUAGUCCAGUAAUAGUAUUAUAAACCGGCAAACCCCUUAAUAAAUUAUUAGGUUUUCUUCCUGACCUUGCUAGCCAACAUGAUUUAUGUUUUCAGUUGUGUGGUGUUCUCUGUUUUUUUUCUUUAAAAAAAAAACAAACUAGAGACCACUUAAGUCUUCAUAACUUUAACCAAUCACUACCCAUCUCUACUGUCUGCAGAAAGUUAUCCCAGCUUACAUUGUGCCGUUAUCUCUCUACAGCAACUAGAUUAUCAGUCUUGUGCAGGGACUAGAUAUUAUGUUCUGCUGCAAUGGUUUCAAGCUUAUAUCACACAGUUCUUAUGUGAUCAAGGUCUUUGAAUGGACAUAGAAGAGAUGUGUUAAUGUAAAACCAGAUAAAAACAAAAAUCAGGGAACAGUUACUGCACGUACAAGGUAGCACUAAUACUAAUCAUACAAAAUAUCAGUAAACCUGGAGCUGAAACAGUUCAGUAGUAUUGAUAGAAUAAUCUUCACUCUAUAGACGGUAGCUGCUCUUUCUGAUAACCCAGGUAUUAAAACUAAUUGUAGCGCAGAAAGCACAUACCAAAUGAGAGGGCAUUAUCUAAAGGACCAGAGGUAAAAAAAAAUUAAAAUUAAGUAGAAUUAUUCCUUAUGGUUAGGAGGCUCCAAUAAGCUAUUGUGGGUUACUCCUUUACUAUGGUCCUAUUAGUUUUUGGAAUAAAAACAAAUGUGCACAGUGCAGUAUCCAAUAAAUGAGUGUGCUCUAGAUAGGAGUGCAAGGUGUCCCUUGGUUGUGAAGGGUCUAUACCAGGGUGAUUAGUUUUCACAAUUGACUAUAAAACAACAAAUCAGGUUCUCUUUAUAAAAAAUGUCAUUUUAAUCAAACGAACGCAGAGCUGUCCAGCGUAUCCACAUUCAGAAUAUCAACGUUUUCUAUUUGAAAGAAAUGUAGUUGCAUCUUUACCAGAAUAUAUUCUGGGAACCUAAAGCUGCAAUUGAACCAUUACUAGCUUAACGUCUGUUCUAGAACAGUAAUGCACUCUGGAGCGGAACAGAUCUGCUGAGCCAAUCACUGGGUGGCAUGUGUUUCUUAGCCAAUUGCCAACUAUUUUCAGCUUAGGCAGUGUAUUGUCUCUCUGGAGCUGACAUUAAAGGGACAGUAAAGUGAAAAUAAACGUUUGAUUCAGAAAGACUAUGCAAUUUUAAACAACGUUCCCAAAUAAUUUUAUUAAAAAUGUUGCUUAGUUCUCUUGGUACCCUUUGUUGAAUAGUAAUCCUAGGUGAGCUUGGGAGUGUGCAUGUGCCCUUAGCCACCUGGCACCAGUGUUUGCAACAAUGUAUCACAAUGCUAUAAUCAUUGUUGCAAACUGCUGCUAUAAAGUAUCUGUUGCAUUCUAUGGCAACAGUGUAUGUAACUAUGUAUAACAUUGCUAUAAACAUUGCAAACUCUGCAAUCAGAUUGCUAAAUACACGUGCACGCUCCUGAGCUCACCUAGGAUUAUUCUUUAACAAAGGAUACCAAGAUAACUAAACAUAAUUGAUAAUAAAAGUAAAUUGGGAAGUUGUUUAAAAUUGCAUGCUUUAUCCUUUCCAUUUGUUUGACUUAAUUGUCCCUUUAACUAUGUUUUAAACCCUUUCCUUGGGAUCAACACAGUCAUAGACCAUAGUUUGAUAGGAAGAUGCCCUAAUGCAUUAGAACAUUUUCUAAGUGCUGCUUUAAUGUGCUUUUUUUUCUCUCAAAGCCUUCUUCAUAUACACAAGUAAAAAAGCAUUGGAAACUUGUAUUUUCGUCAAAUAAAAUAUAUUUAAGAUUU